UAGUUAUAAAUCAAAUGAAAUAUAUAAAAAAAUAAUAGAAAUGUCAAGGGAGUUUGCUCAAGCCCUUUUAUUGUUUAGAAAAAGAAAGUUCGAGGAAAGUACUGCUGCAUGUACAGAAAUUUUAAGAAAAACUCCCCUCGAUAAGGCAGCAUGGGUUUUAAAAAUGCGAGCAUUGACUUUACAAGUUUAUGUAGACGAUAUUGAAGCUGAGGAGGAAGGAAUUGCAGAUACAGUUUUGGAUAAUCCUGCAGUAGCCAAAGUACCAAGGCCAGGAACUUCCUUGAGAAAUCCUGGCACUGCAAUUUCUGGUCAAGCUUUUCGACCAAGAACUCAAUCUGGAAGACCUGUUACUGGAGUUAUUCGGCCAGGAACACAGUCAGAGUCAGCACAGAAUCUUGAACAAGCUUUAAAAACCCCAAGAACUGGCAUGACUGCUAAGCCAAUCACUGCCAGUUCAGGACUUAAUGUCAGACUGGGAACUGCGUCAAUGUUAAGUGAACCAGGAGGACCAUUUAUUCAAUUAUCCAGACUGAAUAUUGCUAAAUAUGCAAGCGACGUAACAGUCGCCAAACCCCUGUUCGAAUAUAUUUACUAUCAUGAACACGAUCCAUCAAUCGCAUUAGACGUUGCAGUGCAAGCAAAUAAAUUCAGUGAAUCCAAAGAUUGGUUUUGGAAAGUCGCAAUGGGAAAAUGUUAUUAUAUUCUUGGAUUAACGAGAGAUGCUGAACAACAAUUUCGAACAGCUUUAAAGGAACACAAACAUAUCGACACACUUCUUCGACUUAUAAGAGUUUAUAUUCGACUCGAUCAACCAUUAGCUGCUUUGGACAUUUGCAAAGGAGGACUUGAAUUUUUUCCAAAUGAUGUUUCAAUAUUAACGGAAAUGGCUCGUCUUUAUGAAGGUUUAAACAAUACAGCUUUGUCAAUGAAGUAUUACAAAAUAGUCGUACGAGAGAAUGCUUGCGAUACAGAAGCGAUUGCAAGCAUUGGAAUGUACCAUUUUUACAAUGAUCAACCAGAAUUAGCACUUCGUUUCUACAGGAGACUGCUUCAGAUGGGAGUUCAUAAUGCUGAGUUGUUCAAUAAUUUAGGCAUCUGCUGUUUUUACUCGCAACAAUUUGAUCAUACCAUAUCUUGUUUUGAAAGAGCAAUCAAUCUAGCAACAGAAGAAAAUAUUGCUGAUGUAUGGUACAAUAUUUCCCACGUUGCGAUAUCUAUAGGAGAUUUAGAAAUGGCUGACGAGAGCUUGAGACUAUCAAUUGAUGCUGAUAACAGACACGCUCUCGCAUAUAAUAACCUUGGAGUUUUGGAGAUUAAAAAAGGACAUGUAACAGCAGCCCGAAGUUAUUUUCAUGCGGCUGCAAAUAUUGCUAGUUAUUCUUACGAACCGCAUUUUAAUACUGCACACCUUGCCUAUGAAGCAGGAGAUUUACAGACAAGUUACAGCGCAGUUAAGAGAUCCUUAAAAGCUUACCCUGAUCACCGAGACAGUAACGAACUUCUCAGCAAACUAAAGAGAUAUUUUGCUUACAUUUAAAAUUUUUAUUUCUAAUUCAAAUUAUGGCAUCUUUUAAAAUUCUGAGAUGAGUUUUCAAUACUACGUUAGUGCUUCAAACUUCUUUCCCGUGUUUUUUUUUUUGAGAAGAUAACAUCGGCUUCAUUUUUAAAAUCUUUUCUGCAAUAAGUACGUUUAUAAUACAUUGCCAUGCUUAUAAAAAUAUUCAUUUUAUAUCCUGCUUCAAAGUUUAAUUAUUUCAACGGAAAAAUUUGACAUACAGGAAAAAGGUUGAGAGGUACUUGAAUUCGAAGUCAUAGCUGAUUAAAUAAGCUCGAAGGGCAAUUCUAAUAAAAUAAUGAAACCCACUUAUCUAUCGAAAUGCUGCGUCAUUGUUAAUCAUAAGUAAAAUACAAAUUUUAAAAACUUGUUCAAAUUCUUGCUUGGAUUCUUGUUUUUGGUUAAGAGAUAAGUAAAAAGUUUUUGUAUUUAAAGUCGACUGCAUUUGAAUGAAUUUUCAUUGUUAUGUGCAUAAAAAAUAUUCCGAUCUAAAUUUUCUUAUUAUAUCAUUCAUGUGAAAGCCUGACAGUAUUGAAAUAUUUCAAAAAUAUUGUUUCCGGAAUUCGAAAUCCA